ACCCCUUGUAUCUAGGUAACUGUGUUCAUGUUUUGUCAUGUGACCAUAAAUCCAGGAAGCACUCAUCAUUUCCAUCCUGCUAUAUUAAAGAGGAGCACAUUGGAGAAGGGAAAAGAUAUCAUGCCAAGGACCUACAGACGGAAGACCAGCUGGGGCUCAACACCCCUGGAGGAGAUUGAAAGGGCAGCGAGUGAAGUCAAGGGAGGAAAGUCCAUAAGAUCAGUGGCUAAAGAAAGACAAAUUGACAGGUCAACACUCAGGAGAUAUAUUAAAAAGAGGGACACACAGGAGGUCAAAUCGGUUGGCUAUAGUGGAACAGCUUCAGCAAAGAGAGUCUUCUCUGAGGAGGUGGAGAAGGAGCUAGCAGAGCAUAUCAAGAAGCUUGCAGAGCAGUUCCAUGGCAUUUCCCCAAAGAAAUGCCGUGAACUGGCAUUAGAAUUGGCAGGCAGAAACAACAUUCCUACUCCCAGCAACUGGACAGAGAAAGGUUUAGCCGGUAAAGAAUGGUUCAAGAAUUUUUUGGCACGCCACCAUCUCUCUUGCCGUAUGCCUGAGGCAACAUCUUUGGGAAGAGCUACAGCCUUCAAUAAGACUACAGUUGGGGUCCAUUUAAAACCUAUUACAACAGAGCUCUUGAUGGCUGGAUGAGGUCCAACCCAGGCAAAACUGCCAGCAUAUACCAAAUUGCUGGUUGUGUGAAUGAUGCUUUCAUGUCAGCAAUGACACCACGAAAUAUCUCCUCGGGAUUUAGAGCCACUGGGGUUUUCCCUUACAACAGAGAUAUCUUCUCUGAUGCAGAGUUUGAGCCAUCCAUGGUGUCAGACAGGCCCAACCUGGAGCAGCAGCCUGCCACUGAAGGUGUUGCACCUGUGGUUUCAGCCUCUCUUUCUGCUGAGCUACCUUCACCAGACCCUGUACAUGCAUGUGGUUCACGAAGUGACCCCAACCAUGCUCGAUAUGUGUCUCCCACUGAUAUUCUACCCUUACCCAAAAGUCAGCAGCCCAGGAAACAAACAAAUCGAAAGCGUGUGAAGACACGAAUCCUGACUGAUACACCUGAAAAGCAGGCAAUUGAGAGAGCCCAUGAAGAAAGGACAAAUAAACUGAAAGGCAAAAAAGAAAUAAUCCACAAAAAGCAAGGAAUGUGGAAGAGGAAACAAACCCAGACAAAAAUUGCAGUGGAAAGCAGCUCUGAGGAGAGUGAUGUUCCCAUCCCAUUCGAAGACACUUCUGAGUAUGAGAGUUCCAGCGAUGAAAGAAGUGAACCAGAUGUCUCAGACCUGGUAGUUGGUGACUUUGUCAUCGUAAGAUUUGCAUCCAAAUCCAGGAGCCACCAUUACAUUGGCCUGGUUGACAGCUUUGCAGACAACGAAGUGAGUGCCAGAUUUCUCAGAAGAAUCCGAGGGAUCACUAGCAGUAAGAAACCCACGUUUGUGUUCAAGGAAAAUGAUGAGGCAUCUUUCCCACGCAAGGAUGUGCUGAAGAAGCUACCUCAACCUCAACAGGCUGGAGGAACUGCAAGGAGGGAGCAACAGUUCAUAUUCCCCUGCAACCUUGAUCAUUGGAAUAUUGAAUAGUUCUUUUGAAUAAAUGGUUUUGAACUGGUGGUUUGUUUAGAAACCACCAGUUUCCAGGUUUGUUCUCACAGGUUUACAACUGUUAAAAUGGUUUGUUUUCACAAUAUGAUCAGUUUUACAUUUUAAAAACUACAUGGUCAGUUUGCCCCAAGAUGGCUCAGUUUACCCACUGACUAGGUUCAAUUUACCCCUAAUCUGGGGCAAGUUGAGCCAAAGGAGCAUUUUUUUUUAAUAGGUCAUUAUUUUGGGCAGCGUCAUCAGACAUAGAUUCUGAUCAUUACAUUUGAAAGGAGACAUCCUGAAAUAAAGGAAUAUGUUAUCAUUCUAUUUCUGUGUCAUUUUUUUCUCACAUCCAGGGCAACAUGAGUAAAAAGU